UCCUUUCGAACUUAACAGACGUCUUUAGCUGCCACCCCGCCCACUUCUCCGCGUAUCCUUCACCGGGAGAAGGAAAGUUUUUUAAACGGUUUUGUAUCUCAAAUGAACUUUUAUCUUCUGCUUUAUAUUUCGGCGUGUUUGGGAAUAGGAGCCUUCUCAAAAUCGUCUCUGGACUGUGAUUUCUCUGAAGAUUGUUGUUGGGCGACGACUCGAGAAGAAGAACAAUGGGAGAUUCAGAGUGCUGAUGAGCUUGAUUUGAAUGAGUUUAGAAAGGUUUUUCUGGUUGGGAAAAGCCGGCCACCGCCAUCUGGAAACUAUGCGAUUCGAGUGGAGAAUAAGAAAAAGUCAUCGUUGAUUUCUUGUGCGGUUUGUAGUGCUUCCGGGCAGGCUACUGUAAAGUUCAGACAUUGGCAAAGUGCUAAUGCAAUGCUGAAAAUCUGCUGGCAACUGGCUGGCGAUGGAAGUCCAGUCACAGAAAACUGCCAGAUGGCUCGGCAUUCCAAGCAGAGCAAGCUGAAUACUUACAAGUUCCACAACAUUGAAAAGAGAAAGAAUUUUAGGUUGGUGUUUAUCGUGGAAAACGCGGAUGCUGAAAUGGAUUCGGGCAACGAGGCGACCAUUAUCGUUGACCGAAUUUCCGUCGACUAUGACUCAUGUGAUGAUCAUGCCGCGACUCAUGAAGUUCAGGGAAAUGUGACCAAGAAGAGGACAAAGCACAGCAAGACGAGACAAAAGGCUCGGUCAAGUGUUACGUUGGAGAAGUUGGCUCAGAAGAAUCAGAAAAUGAAAGAAGAGCUCAAAAAACAAGAAGAUAAACAGGCCUACCUGAAAAAUGUCGAUCAACAAAUUGCAAAAGUUGUGGACGAGGUUAAUGCUAAACAAGUCGUAGCAUCAAAGGCAUCUUCCUCCGCUAAAAUGGUGGUCCCGGCCUCUCCAAAACCUCCAGCUCCUGUAGAUCCGUUAACCGACCUGCUGGGAAGUGAAUUUGUGGACUUUUUGGACCCGAACUACGAGUCCAAUGAUGAUGAGGAGGCGGCGGCAGAGGAAGUGGAUUUUGAUACUAAAGAAUCCAAAUCUAAAAUAAUCCCGGCUACAACCCCUUCGCCUUUAAAAUCUGGAACUGUAACCGGAAAACCUCCAGUGAAAAUAGUGGAAACUUCCAAAAAAUCCAUCGAUCCUAAUGGGCUACCUAUUCAUAAAAAGCUGAAACCAGUGGAGCAUCUACCGAUUCGUCCGAUUUCCACGGAAAGUAUCGUAAAAUUCAUUCAAAAGGGGAAGCCAAUGCAAGUUCAGGCACAAAAUGGAGUGUUCAGUUUGCCUUCUCAGCAGCAUCAGCCAAUCCCUAUGGGAAUCCCAUCCACCUGUUCGACUCCAGGAGGCUGUCUCUUUGAAAAAGAUUUCUGCGGAUGGACUACACCGCCAGGUGUCACUAAUAAGUUUCACUUGAAAAAAGUUCACAUGUCGAGCUUCUCCGAGGCAAUUGUUCCGGUUGGAGAGAUUGCGGUAAUGGAGACUGAAACGAAGAUGACUCAGGCUCAUACGGUAAUCUUUGACGCGUUGGAAUUCGCCUCAGGCACCCGCCUUAUUGCCUGUUGCCUAGCCAAUGGACAGCUCACCUGCCCGUUCUCAACUCCUCAUGAGCAAACAGGCAUUCUUUGGCAGUUCUCGAAGUUUGAGUGCCCGAUUAAUACGUCGAAGAUCGCUUUUAUCUGCGAGAACUUUGGCCUAGCUGAAAGUAUAUGUGCAGUUGACAAUAUCCGAAUUCAUACUUCAACCGAUGUAUUCUUCCUGGAAGCAUGCCAAAAAGACAAACUUCAUAGAAGCUGAUAAUGCAAAAGGCCACGUUAUUGAUCUCAAUAUUUAUUCUAAUUUAUUUUCCUAUUUGUAUUUAUAUGAUAAGUUGUAUAAAGUUAUUAUUAUUAUAAAUAGGUA